AUGGCUGUUGAUGACGUCAUCAUCAAUGAGGUGACCGUACGAAACGAGUGUAGCGAUUUCGACGACGAUGACGACCGUGAGGACGAUGGCGGUGACGUUGGAGUAGUCAGCAUCAGCAGCAACAAAGGCAACAUCAGCAACAACGGACGGAUCGACAAUGACGUCAACGAAUCCUUCACCGAGGAACUCCUUUCGUUCCAGCAACACUUCACCAGCGCAGAAGCAAUUGACUGUUCCUGCGGCAAGAUGUUCAAACAGCACAAAGUAGGUCACAAGAACGCAAGACUUGACCUAAAUAAAAUAAUUGUGUCGUGCGAGAAGUGCGGCUCGUGUCAGCAUGCAGGUUGCGUCGGGUACGACCUGACUGACGAGUCGAGGGGGUCGUAUCUAUGCCCCCAUUGUUACGUCACUGAGAUUCCCAUUCCAAGCGGUGCCACCCUUAUCAUCACACCCAACUCCAUCAUACAUCAGUGGCUGGAUGAGGUUUUGAAGCACGUGGCUGAUGAAGCCAUCAAGCUGUUUGUGUACAAGGGUGUGCAGAGGCAGGGGUACAUCCAACCGAGGGUACUGGCCCGACAGGACAUCGUCCUGACGACCUACGAGACCCUGAGGGCUGAGAUGAAAUACGUCGGUCUUCUGCAUAAUAAAUUUGAUGAGAAUAACAAAUUGAGGUACAACAAAAAGUUCAUCUCGUUCCCCACACCUCUGGUGGCUCUUGAGUGGUGGAGGGUGUGUUUGGAUGAAGCUCAAAUGGUAGAGAAAGUUUCCACUAAGCCGGCUGAUAUGGCAUGUAGAUUGGUGAGCCAGAUUCGAUGGUGCAUUACCGGUACCCCCAUCCAAAGAUCAUUUGAUGACUUGUACGGCCUGCUGAGUUUUUUGCGCGCCUGCCCCUACGACGAUAGAACUCUGUGGAGCAAGUUCAUGCAAGGGGCCUAUGAGGGGGGGUUGAGGGAGCAUCCGUGCUGGGUCAUCAGUCGAUUGCUGUGGAGGAACUGUAAGAGGGACGUCAUUGAUCAGAUUAACCUUCCCCCACAAUCCAUCAAGACCCACCUACUCACAUUCUCACCUGUCGAGGAACAUUUCUACAGGAGGAUGUAUCAAAAGUGCUCCGAUGAAGCACUUACGGAUUUUAUUGCUUCCGGACUUCUACACUUCUAA